AUGUCAAUGUUGAUAUACAGCACGGAUGAACUUUUGGACGCAGAUCUAGUCCGUGUCCUUGAUAUCGAUUAUAUGCGUGAUGAAGUCGAUGUGGAGCAAGGGAAUAGAGCGGAAGUCAAGGCGAGAUACCAGUCUAUCAUUACACAAAUCCCAGGAAUGUCGGCUCUCUGGAUCGCAAAUGUCGGAUCUGGUCUUGUCGGAGCUCCAGCAUGUGGCGAUGUCAUUCGACUCGAUAUUCAAGUUGAUGAAAAGACCGGCAAGAUUGUCAAGUCGGCAUUCAAGACAUUCGGAUGCGGUAGCGCCAUUGCUUCUAGCUCAUAUCUCACCACACUUUUAGCCGGCAAGACCUUGGAGGAAGCCGGAAAGAUUCAAAACACCCAGAUUGCAAACGAACUUUGCCUUCCUCCCGUCAAGCUUCACUGCUCUCUCUUGGCCGAGGACGCCAUCAAGGCUGCUAUUAAGAACUACGAAUCAAAGCGACCUGCGGCAGCAGCCACCAAUUUGGCCGACACAACCAAGGCAUUCAAGGAAACUGCCGCAGCUGCCUAG